CAGGUGGAAGUAGAAAGUGGAUCGAUUGAAUCCCAAGAUAUAUAUAUAGAGAGAAGGCAGAGUCACUUACUGGUUUGUCUUAUUCGAACCGGACACGGCGUACACCAAACUCACAAUGAAAAGGUCUUUACGUGCACCGCAGGCAUUAUCUCUAGUGGAAAGAUGAAAGCUUGAUCGGUUUGUCACUCGUCACACUUCAGAUAUGGGCUGCAAGUACACAAAAACUGUAAAUGCUAAUCUCAAGAAGAAAGAAGCCAACAAAAAGAAUUCUCCUUUAUUAAAAGACGAAAAACCCGACUUGACUAAUCAACAAAAGGCUCUCGUACUUAAUACUUGGAAGCUUUUAGUAGAAAAUAUAUCUCGUGUUGGGGUCAUCACAUUCAUGAGUUUGUUCGAAACUCACCCCGACGUGCAAGAAGUGUUCAUGCCCUUCCGAGACCUGACGCACGAGGAGUUGAGCAGAAGCACGGACCUUCGCGCUCACGCCCUGAGAGUGAUGGGAUUCGUACAGAAGAUCGUGGCUCGCCUGGACGAACCGGAAAAGGCCGAACAGUUGCUGGGCGACUUGGGAAAGAAGCACGUCAUGUACGGUGCCAAACCCGAUUACGUCGACCUGAUCGGCCCUCAAUUCGUUUACGCAGUUAAACCGUCUUUAGAAGACCAUUGGACGAACGAAAUCGAGGAAGCUUGGCUUCAAUUAUUUCGUUUCAUCGCCUAUUGCAUGAAGGAAUCCAUGACGGAAUGUUCUCGUCCGGCUCAACAAUAAGGCGCUGGCAGACUGGGGAAAAGUCGUCCUUUAUUUAAGUCCGUUGACCGCCUACUCGAAACAAUUUUCGUUUUUAGCGGGUUAUGUCGUCACGUGUCGUCGCGUAAUUCGUGGUGUAAGCCGUCGUACGUUUUCGGUUAAUAAUACGGUUUAUCGAAAUGCGUUAAAACGUCCGAAAACGGCCAGUGCGGACGUUUAACGGCUGCGGUGCCAAUUAUUUACGUUAUACGCGCCAUUUAAUAUUUUUACCUGUAAAAAAAGAAUUACGCCGUGGAAUUUCCUUAUUCUAGUUACGUGC